AUGUGGGAUAUGCAGCAAUCUGACCUCCGGCGGCAGCGGGAGGUGGAGAGUUCCGUGGCCGGCGGCAGCGUCUCUUCCCCCGGGCAGGAACACCGCUUCGCCUCGCUGCUGCGCCGGUCCCCUCUGAUCCAUAUGGGACCGGCCAAAGACAGAGUGGUAAUCGGCAGGAUCUUCCACGUAGUCCAGGACGACCUGUACGUAGAUUUCGGCUGGAAGUUCCAUUGCAUUUGCCGGUGGCCGGCGGACGGAGAGAAGCUAAAGUGGGACAGCAGAGUCUGUCAGUGGCUGCAAGAUCUGGAGCUCACUACCCACUUCAGGGGAGCCAAAACCGAUACCACACAGCUGGAAGCCAAGGCCGUACUGCUGGGCCCGCUGGAGGGAAGGGAAGCCCGGGAGAACUAG